CGCCUGCCCUGCGUCUAAUUAUAGUGUUAUGUGACUUUCCCACUUCUUAUAAGUAUUAACUAACAAUUGCAACUACUCCUAUCUUACCUCAUCACUUCUCAACCAACACUCUUUGAGUAGAGUUGUGAUUGUGAUGAAGGACAGCAGUAUCAGAAAGCAAGGUGCUGCUUCGCCGUGCGCGGCGUGCAAGCUCCUCCGCCGGAGAUGCGCAGGAGAUUGCGUUUUCGCACCUUAUUUUCCGGCAGAGGAGCCACACAAGUUCGCCAGCGUGCAUAAGGUCUUUGGCGCUAGCAAUGUCAACAAGAUGCUCCAGGAUUUGCCGGAGCAUCAGAGAGGAGACGCAGUAAGCUCAUUGGUGUAUGAAGCGAACGCGCGAGUGAGGGAUCCAGUCUAUGGGUGCGUAGGUGCAAUAUCAUCACUGCAGCAGCAGAUUGACGCACUACAAACUCAGCUUGCGCUUGCCCAGGCGGAAGUAGUCCACAUGCGCAUGCGCCACUACUCUUCUUCAGCCGACUGCGCGUCUCCCUCGACACGCGGAAGAAGGUCUCACAAUAACCAUCCCAAGUCCUCUUUCAACAUUGAUGAAUCCUUCUGGCCUUAGCUUCUCAUCUUCUAUAUUCUAUAUAUUGCAUUUUCUUUGAUGUUUGUUUCAUUUUUGUGUUUUUUUUAUAA